CAUUCCAUUUUCAGGUUUUAGCAUUAAUAUUGUAGAAUUAUGUAUUAAAUAGAUUUUAAUAGACACAAUAUAUCAUGUAAAAAAUUCUUACUGGUGCAUUUUUGAAAAUAUCCUCAAACCAACCAUGGCUGAAACACAUACAGGGAAAAAUGUACCGUUGGGAAGUUUUAUGAGUGCUAUAAUUGGUCUUGUAUUUGGAUUGACCAGCUUGUUCGGUUCUAUAUUCUUACAUGGGCCGAUGAUACCGCUCAUGUUUUUAUGGCCAUGGUUAUACAGACGACUUACAGAGAUUGCAGCUUCCAUGUGGCAAGCCCUACUAGUGGCUACAUUAGAAAAAAUCUUCAGAGUCAAACUUGUUAUUACUGGCGACACGAUACGACGUCAUGAAAAAACGUUACUUAUUAUGAACCAUCGAACUCGGCUUGAUUGGAUGUUUUUCUUUUGUUGUGUAUUUCAUUGUAGAGUUCUCAAUCGUCAUAAAAUUACUUUAAAAUCUAUCCUCAAAUGGAUUCCUGGUGCAGGAUGGGGGAUGCAAACCUGUGGAUAUAUUUUUCUUGAAAGAAACUGGGAAACUGAUAAAAAAUACAUUACCAAUAUGCUCAAUCAUUUUGUUGCACUUAAAGCAUAUCCUAAUUAUUUAUUUUUUCCUGAAGGUACAGAUUUAACUGAGUUUACGAAAGCAAGAAGUAAUAAAUUUGCAACACAACAUAAUUUAAAGCAGUACGAAUAUGUUCUACAUCCUAGGACUACAGGAUUUAUACAUAUGAUCAGCACUCUCCGAGAAGUUUGCGAAAUUCAAGCAGUUCAUGAUGUCACUGUUGCUUAUCCCAAAACACUCUCGCAAGGAGAAUCUGAUUUAAUAUCAGGCAAUGUACCAGAGGAAGUCCAUUUCCAUAUCAAGAGACAUGAUAUUGAAGAGCUUCCAAAAGAUGAGGAGGGUUUAUCAGAAUGGUGUAAACAAAGAUGGAGAGAGAAAGAAGAAAUGUUACGAGCAUAUUACAAUGAUGAAUGCGAUACAGGUCAAAUACAAACUAUCACUGCAAACAGACGUUUUCCAAAUGACAAAGUUCCACCAUUGUCUGAGCGAGGACUACUGAUGUGGUUUACAAUUGUUGGUUGGUUGGUUUUUCUCAUCGCCAGCAUCACAUUCAUCAUAGUGUCACCAAUAGCACGAUGGUUUUCAUGUGUGAUGAUAUUGUUUUACGUACUGCAAGGUCGAUUGUUUGGCGGGAUGGAAAAGCUAGAAAUGUUUGUGUAUGAAGUUCUGCAGGAAUGGAAAAAUUCUGGCCAGAAACCUACAAAGCCCAGCUUACAUUCAAACACAAAACAUGUUAAGAAGCAAUAGCAUUUGUUUUUAUUUAUAACUCUGCAAUUAUUAAUAUAAAAUUAUGUAUUCACUGUUUAAAAUGGGGAACAAUAAUACUUGAUCAUUCUUAACUGGUCGGAUUUUUCCAAUCUUCAAUAGACCUUAGUCAUUUAACACAUUUUGUAGGGAAAACGAGAACGUGGCAUAAUAUGUGUAUGUGAUCAUUCAAUAUAGACCAAUGGGCUGAUUAUUGUUCAGUUUUUUUCGGAAAAGUCUUUCGUGUUCAGCUUAUAUGUGAGACCCUUUGUCAUUCCUGCGAACUAGGGUUGGUAAGCUGGUUAGAAAUCACAAUGGCUUUGUCUUCUGAGCUGGGCUCUGGAGUGGCUGCAUAGCCAUUGAAGUUUUCUUGCAUGACCACUACCAGAGACAUCAGGUCGAAUGCAGUUUGGCAGAGGGGUUUCAAAUUUUUAAUUUAGCCUAAAAUUUUUAAUUGAUAUUAAAAAUUGAAUUACAAAAAAUGGCGCUCCCGAAGUAUGUGCACCAAGAUGGCGCACAACACCUCUGGAGUUCCCAGAAAAUUAACCAAAAAGAAUACAUUUUAUAUGAAAUAUUAAAAAAAACAAAUGUGAAAAAAUAGUUCGGAACUGAAAGCAAUAAAAUUUCUGGUUUCAGCUCCAUCCAUCAUGCUAAGCUUGGCUCUAAAUUCUCAGCGUUGCUACAAACGCAAUUUGUCUUUGUUUUUACUAUCUUCAAUUGAUAAUAUUUUUGGCAUUCUGAAUGCUUUAAAUUUCAAUUGCUUCUUACUGUAUUUAGUAUAUUAUAACUCAAAAUGUUACAUGUAAUGAAUUGCCUGACUAAUUUUUGUAGCCUUUAUAGAUGUUCACAGGACGAUUAUUAUGCCAGGUUUCUCAAACAGCUUGGCAGUACUCCUACUCCACAGGAACUCAAAUUUUAAUAUAAAAAACAUCGACUUUCAGGACCGUUUGGUCGACUAAAUUAUUUGAGUCUAUGUAGAAAAUUUUGGCUUUGAAUAUCACCAUGAAAAGUCUAAAAUUAUGACUUCGAAAAAUUCAAGAUUUGAACUCUGACCCCACAUUCUAGGCAGGGCUUCAUUUCAAGUCAUCCAGUUGACGCUCGAAGUCAUUCACCAGUUAUGUUUAGCCUCAAAGAACUUCAAAUUGAAUCAGAGCUUUUCUGUACAUGUACUUUCGGGUCCUGUUUGCAGUAGAAUGAUCUAUCUGAGCAUGUUAUGGGGUAUAAAACAUAUUUAUGUUUCCUUUAUCAGAUUUGCAAUUCCCAAAAUAUCCUUUUUAAUAUAUGACCAUUUUAUGUUUACGAUUUCAUUAUGGUUAUGUCAGAGUGUGUAGUGGUUAUUGGUGUGAAUUAGGAAAUAUAUCCUACAGCCCUACAAUAUAAAUCUACAUGAUUGUGCCUAAAUACAAAAUUGUAAAUGCAUAAAAUUUGUUUCAUAUGUUUGUUAUGGGUUUAUUCACUUUUGUAUCAAAUUUUAGAAAACGUAUUAUGCAUGUCCUGAAGAACCAUAUCAAAAUAAACAUUUGAUUGUCACCUGAAAGAGUAAAGAGUGCUUCACAUAUAAUGCUGAAAUUUAUUAGAUUGAAACAACAAAAUUAUUCUUUUCUUUGUAGACAAAAUAUAUAUACAAUUAAAUUAUUCAGAUUUCAUAACGAUCUAUUAGCAAUAAUAAGAUUUUGUAUUCUUUUCUGUGCCAUAAUUGGCCAUGUAUAAUGUGUACAUUUCAGUCAUAUGUGGCAUAUAUUCGUAGUGGAUUUUAGUGAUUCGAAUGUUUUAUGUGACAUAAAUAUUUGUUGGUAUUUUGUUUUAUUUGAUCUUAUCAAUGCCCCCUGUUACAAUCGUACUCUUCAUUUAAAAAAGGUGAAAUACCUAUAUUAGAAACCACCUGUGUUAAAUAAGAGAACUGAUAUUAUGUAAAAAUAUUUUUUGUGUAUAUUCCAAAACAAAUUGAUGUUUUUAAAACUCUGUGCUACUUUUCUGUCGUUGAAGACUUUGAAAUCAAAUCAUGCCAGCAUUUCACCUAACCACCACAAUUUUUUUUAUGAGUGUCCUGUUGUAUAAACUAAUUCUGUAACUUCAAAUUGUGUUUGACUUUCAUUUGUUUUGUGCAAUAUUAAUCAUGUUUGUUACUAAUGCAGCUUUCGAGUUCAAAAACAUGUUUGCGGCACUUUUGUAGUCUGUCUCGAUUUUCGACCUCUCAUUCAUCUUGUUCAAUAUGUAAAGUUCCUGUCGGUAAUUGUUUUGGUACUUUCUGUAACUUGCUAUUCUCCUUUGUCAGUUCCAGUUUCUCAUGAAUUAUUCUAGUUCUGGGAACGUGGUCCCUGAGCAUGUAAGCCUAGUUAUUUUUCCUUUGACUGAAUAAUGUACCAGUACUCAUCCUUUCAGUCAGUACUUACAUACUAUUGUUUUUAAAUAAUUAUAUAUAAUUUGCUUUUUAAAUUGCCCUUUUUAUUUUGAAAUGUGCAGUCAUUCUCAAGUCUUGAUGUUAACAUAUUUUUGCUAUUCUUAGUUGACGACUAAUUCUAAAUACAUUGGAAAUAGCAGUUCCUUGAGUUAUAGGUAGUAUACUUCAUUCUCUCCAUUCUACCAAUUAUGCUUCCCCAGUUUGGUAUCACAACUCACUUUUUUGAGCACAGCGUACCUACCAGACAAAAAAGAAUUCAAGCCCAUUUUUUUCCAAGAGCUUCCGUUAUGUCGACUUCACACAUCAUACCUGUUUUCCCAAUCGUAAUGACAUGAACUGCCUUUCGCCAAUCGGUACCCUAUUCACUAACGUACAAUCUUUCACAAAUGAUUAAAGCUCUUGGCAUUUGUUUCUGAGUGAGUGCGCAUCGCCUCGCUUUAAACAAACUUGAAAAAAAAUUACUGCUUUAGCUUGAUAGUAUAAUUUCGACCCCAAAAAUCUUCCUAUUUGCGAAAAUCGUUUAGCUUCAAUUGUAAGUUUCUAUUUCAACCUAAUGAAAGUAGUAUAUAGGGACUCUGGUACCAUUACCACCAAAAUAAUAAAAUCAACAAAUCCACACUUGUGCAUAUUUGAUACCUAUUGUUGGAAAUUGGAAAAAGAGUUACUUCCUUCUAUUUUGUUCACUUUUGAUUGGUCUUUCAUAAUAUCAAACACAAUAAAUGUACGAUUCACGAAA